GGGCCUGCCGGCAGGGGGCGGGGCGGCGGAGCGGGCGCUGCCAUGGACGCCCUGAGCCGGGCCCAGCCCCGGCCCCGCCGCCCCGCCGCCGCCGCCGCCUCGCCGCUGCCCUGGGCCCGCUUCUCCGCCUGGCUCGAGUGUGUGUGCGUCGUCACCUUCGACCUGGAGCUGGGGCAGGCCAUGGAGUUGGUGUAUCCUUACGACUUCCGACUGACAGAGAAAGAGAAGACCAGCAUCUGCUACUUGUCCUUCCCGGACUCCUACUCAGGUGGCCUGGGGGACACGCAGUUUAGCUUCCGUCUCCGCCAGUCGGGGGGACAGAGGACGGCUCAUUAUGAGGAUGAUGGCGAGUACAACAGAGAGGCACCCCUCACCCUGCAGCGGGAGUCGGCGCACUACUUUGGUUACGUAUACUUCAGGCAAGUCAAGGACAGCUCCAUGAAGAGAGGUUAUUUUCAGAAGUCUCUGGUGCUGGUGUCACGCCUUCCGUAUGUGAACUUGUUCCAGUCAUUGCUGCAGUUGAUUGCUCCAGAAUACUUUGACAAGCUGGAGCCAUGCCUGGAGGCAGUGUGCAAUGAGAUUGAUCAGUGGCCGCCUCCUGUGCCAGGACAGACUCUGAACCUUCCAGUGAUGGGAGUUGUCAUUCAGGUGAGGAUCCCAUCCCGGGUGGAUAAGCCAGGAUCAAGUCCAGUGAAGCAGUUCAAUCAAGAGAAUCUCUUGCCAGCCCCAAUGGUUUUGCCAAGUAUUCAUGAACUGGAUCUCUUCAGGUGUUUCCAGCCAGUGUUAAUUCAUAUCCAGAUGUUAUGGGAACUGAUGUUACUGGGAGAGCCAAUUGUUGUAAUGGCACCAUCCCCUACAAUUUCUUCAGAAAUGGUUAUGGCUCUUACCAGCUGUCUUGCCCCUCUGAGGUACUGCUGUGACUACCGUCCCUAUUUUACUAUCCACGACAGUGAAUUUAAAGAGUACACCACCAGGACUCAAGCUCCGCCAAACAUCGUUGUGGGAGUCACAAACCCUUUCUUUAUCAAAACACUCCAGCACUGGCCGCACAUCCUUCGGGUCGGGGAGCUCAGAAUGUCAGGAGACCUGCCCAAGCAAGUUAAGGUGAAGAAACUAACUAAACUAAAAACUCUAGACACAAAACCAGGAAUCUACACUUCUUAUAAAACAUUUCUCCACAAAGAUAAAACUCUGAUAAAAAGAUUGCUAAAGGGGAUUCAGCGAAAACGCCCGUCUGAAGUCCAAAGUGCCCUUCUGAGGCGUCACCUCCUGGAGCUCACCCAGAGCUUCAUUAUUCCCCUGGAGCACUAUAUUGCAAGCCUGAUGCCUCUGCAGAGAGCCAUUACUCCAUGGAAAAAUCCUCCACAGAUUCGCCCUUUCCGACAAGAUGAUUUCAUGAAGACCCUUGAGCAUGCUGGUCCCCAACUUACCUGUGUACUUAAGGGUGACUGGUUAGGCCUCUACAGGCGUUUCUUCAAGUCUCCCAACUUUGAUGGCUGGUACCGUCAGAGGCAUAAGGAAAUGACCCAGAAGCUGGAAGCCCUUCACUUGGAGGCAAUCUGUGAAGCGAACAUUGUGGCCUGGAUGAAGGACAAAUCCGAGGUGGAGAUCGUAGACCUGGUGCUAAAACUUCGGGAGAAGCUGGUAAGAGCCAGGUGCCAGCACCUUCCUGUGAAGGAGGAGACUCUGCAGCGGGUGGGCCUUUAUAUUGAGACCAUCAUUGACUCCUUGCCAGAGGAUCUGCAGACAGUGCUGCACCACCACUGAGCACGGCGAAGGGACUGGUGGAGAAGGAAGGGCCCUCCCACACUGCGGGCAGCUGCAGUUCCACUUGGAAAGGAAAAUUCUUCCCUGAUCCAGCCAACGUCACCAGAUCUGGACCUCGCUCGCAGAUGCGUAUGACUUCGAGCACGUGGAUCAGAACUGUGGCAGCAGUGGGGAACCGCGUGCGCUAUGCUGUCUAAUCCUGCCUCACGGAGCUGGAUUUAGGGGCCUGUAGAUGAAAAACUGUUCCCUGGGAGGCUGGUAGUAGGUCAGAAAGUGACAGUCAGGCUUUCAGCAGCACGUGGUAGGCUGUGCAAAACCUGUUUUGCCCCUAUAUCCACAUCCAUCCUUGUCUAGUGCUUGGGCCCUCAAAACUUCAGUGCCGUCAUCCAGCCUGGAAGAAGCAGGACCGGCCCCGUACGGGGGAGUUGUUUUCAGGACAGCUCCUGCUGACGAUGAGAGAUGGCAGUCCCCCAUGUGUAAAUGACGUGGAAAGAAUUGUUGCUGCCCCUUCAGCAGCCUGGCUCACGCCAGCAAGAGUGGGAGGCGGAACUGCGGGACGUGGAAUGCCGUUGUUUUUUCUCCGAGGCAGAGAUGAAGGUCUGGUGCAUCUGCAAGGAACAGAGCUCUCUAGAGGUGGCGGAUGCGUGCUGUGUGGAUGGAAUAGCUGUUGCAGCUCCACAGAGAGGAGCUGGCCUCCAAAUGUAAUUUAUUCUGCUUGGAAGUAUCACGUUGGUGUGCUGUGGUAACGUGCUGGAGCUCUGCCUUGAACACUGAGAUUUAUCUGAUGUGGUCAGCCCACUUGCUGAUAAAACCUGGUGGAGAAUCUGAUUUUUACAGCCUGUGGCACCCUUGCCAAGUGGAAACUCGUGUGAGUGUGCAGGGCUGGCUGUGAGAAGUGCGUGCGUGCCCUGUGCUUAGGGCGGUGAGGAGCAUCCUCUUUGGCUGCGUCUGUUCUUGCUUCAGCCCGGCUUCCAACUCCGUCAUUCUGUUCCCUUUCACCUCCCGGGGAAGAGUCACACGUGUGUGCUUCUGGGCCGAAUAUAGGAAAGACUUGAGGCUCCUCCAUGAGUCCUGGAGGUAGUUGCCCUCUGCCUGAGAGAGCAGCCUUUCUGCCAGCUACCUUGGAAAUGGAUUUACCAUGACCCCAGGGCGGUCCCAUAAUUGCUGCUGCUGCAAUUGCAUUUCACCAUCUGCCAGUCUGGCCAGUGCCUGAAUGUUUGCCUGAGGAAUGGGUUUGGGGAUGGGUCUGGCAGCCUGACGCAGUCGUGCUCUGUAGGAGGCUCUGGAGCACACCUUCCCACACGGUACGGGAGCUCAGCACUUCAGCCGAGACCUGCCCAAAGCUGCCACAGGGCCCCGCAGGCAGUGCCAAGCGCUUAGGGGGAGGCAGCUGGGGUUUUUGUGCCACGAGCAGUCUCUGCCCAUUGCUGCACUGCCUCGUAGCCCAGAUUCGGGGUGGGGGAGCUGUUAGUAGUCGUGGAGGUGACUGAAUCCUUCCUGCAUUUUCCCCACUCCCGAGCAAGGCCUGGACAGUGCAGGAUGGGUGGCACUGCUCGUUUUCCUGCCGCCUCCAGCCUGGAGCAGCCCAGCGAGGAGACUCGGCCUCGUGGUAACGAGCUCUGUACCGUUCUCCUUCGUGGCAGCCCUGCCUGUACAGUGUACAUUCUGGUUGUGUGUGUGGCUGGGCGAUAGCUCUGCAGUGACUGUGGUGGACCGAAGCACUAAUGUAUAGUAGAAAAUAAUAAAUAAUAGUAAAACAAAAAAAAA